ACCUCUUGAGGGCGCAAUGUCAGUACACUGUUGGUCGUCUGCUGCGUGCGUUUGUGUGUGGAACCAUAAUUGCUUCAAAUGCUUGUGUGGAUGGGAAGGUUUUUUGAGAGGACUUUGACAAGAAAUGAGCCUAGAGUCCAAUGUGUAGUCCACAGGAUCGCAUUGAGACACUGAUUGGUCAUUUGCGAGAAGGCUGCGAAGUUCAGUCAACCCCUCACCCUGUUCAGCUGAAUGAGACAGCCAUGGCCAACAGCCCACUGACCACCCAUGUACUAGACACAGCUCUCGGACGACCGGCUCAGAACCUUAACAUUGACGUAUUCUUCCAGAGAUCCGACUCGCAGGAAUUUGACAUCAUCGCAAAGGGGAAAACAAACAACGAUGGCAGGGCUCCAGGCCUACUGACUCAGGCUCAGUUUGUGUCUGGUGUCUAUAAGAUCAAGUUUGAUACUGGUAACUACUUCAAGUCCAUCAACACCAGAGGUUUCUACCCCUAUGUAGAGAUUGUGUUUGAGAUAGUGGACCCUAGCCAACACUACCACGUGCCGUUACUACUGAGUCCUUACUCCUACAGCACCUAUAGAGGGAGCUAGACAGCAGACAGGAGGUGUGAAAUGGGGAGGGGCUAUGAGUAGGAUUAAAUGGGGGGGGGGGGGCCAAUAGCAAUUAUAUUCUCAUAUUGUCAUAAUCCUGGGAACCGAACCAUUAGUGGUAGAUGGAAUAUUAAAGCAAGUAGUCUCUUUUCCCCAGAUCGAGUAGACCCUCACAUCUGCCGUUGCCUUUUGAUGAAGAAGGGACAGAAAUUAUUCUUAAUAGUUGCGUUCAUGUACCUGACUAAAAACAAUCUCCUGCCUUUUGUGAAUUUUUAAGUUGAUCCUAAACCUCAUGAUCUCGUAUCUCUUUCCUCCCUCCUUCCCCUAUACCCCAACCCAAAUAAGGUCUGCUGACAUUGCUUGGAAGAUUUAAAGGGGAAAUAAAGACUUUACCAAGGUUUUUAUUGAAUAUAUAUAUGUAUCACUGUAAAAUUUCAUUUUAAAAAUUUUACCAUAAAAAUUUAUUUAAAUCAAAGUCACAUAAUUCAGGUUAUUUAAGGUGGAAAGGAAAAUUAGUCGAAGAGAAAAUUGUAUUGGUAUUAAUUUACUCCUGUAGUUUUUAUUGAUCAUAACUGUUUAAUUAAGAAUCUGAAGUUUUCCAAAUGACUUUUUUUGUGAAUGUUUGUUUGAUAAAUUACUUAUUUAAUGUUUGUUAAAAUAAAAGACAUUUGUAUUUGAACAUA